UCGAUUUUGUUUUUUUGGCGGGAAAACUCGAUUUCGAAGUUUUGACGAAAAACUCGAUUUUGCGUUUUUGGAAGGAAAACUCGAUUUUGUUGUUUUAGUUACUCGAUUUUGCGGUUUCGACGGAAAAUUUCGUUGUUCAGUUUUUGGUGAGAAAACUCGACUUUAAAUUUUUUUUGAUGAAAAACAUUAUUAAAUAUUGUAUAAUAGUUGUAUGAAUCAAAAUAAAAGGGUUAGAAUUUAAACCCUGAUCCUAUUAGGGCCAACCCUAUUUAAACCAUGUUAAAAAAAUGAGGGUUAAGGUUACAAAUGGGUUUGCAGUUAGGUUGAGCCCAUAUUAACAUCCCUACCCACGGGGAAGUACGAUUGCGUCGUGGAGAGAGUUAGAUUUGGUAUGAUCUUUCCAGUACAAUCUUAGGGUUGCGGAUAGAUAUAGGGUCUCCAGCUAUUUUCUUUUCCUUCCACUCGUUGUGCUACAGCAAUUUGCAAGGUACACUAUGAAAUUUGGAGGAAAUCUGGAAAAUAUCUAUGUGUAGCAGAGAAUGGCGGGAUUUAGAGGUUAACAAAAACAGUGUAUGGUUUCGGAUUCUCUAUUUAAUGGAGUCCUCCACAUCGAUAAAUGGCAACUUGUUUUAUAGAGAGAGAACGGAGACUGUUAAAGCGAGAGUGUGGCAUAAAGUAAUCUCCUUUUACAGUAGUCGUUAUCCUUCCAAUUUAGAUAAGUCGUUCGUAAUGGGCCAGUUAGUUAAACUGGUUGUUGGUGUGUGGGAACAAGUUGGAAUUCGUGGUUGGCUGUUCCUGGAAGAUCCGACGGAGCGAAGAUACGACGUCAUGGUUCACGAGAACCAGACUUACGCAUCUCUGAUGGAUCUUGUGCGAACACGAUACAGUGUAGGAACAGACACCGCAGUCUGCCUGACUUUUGAGUUUCCGGAGUGGAUGAGGAUUCCCGCAGAUGUGGCCUGGCCACCGGUGGAUGUCAGGGGGGAUGGAGAUGUGGAUCUAUUCAUGUCCAUGAGACUUGAAAUCCAAGAUUUGAAGCUAAUGGUGACAAUAGGCAACAAUGUAGUUGCUUGUUAUCUUUUCCAGAGGAGGGAUAACUAUACAAUUAUCGGGAGUUCAAGUGGAAACUUAGCUGUUAAUGUGAACCUCUUUCGUGGUAUCUCUGAUGUUAGUCGUCUACCACUGAGGGGUGCGAAUGAUAAUCCUGGUGGUUUAACGGAUGGUGCUGCUUAUUGGGAAAAUAUUCUUGGGCAGGGGGAAGUGACAACUGGUCAGCAGUUCCUCCUAGGCGUGUGCACAGAUGAUGAUGAUACCACAGAACUGAGAAACCCACGGCUAACCCAAGGGAAAUCUCCAUUUGCUGAUGCGCUGGAGACAAGCGAGGGAACAGAAUCAUCAACAGACUCCUCAGCUGCCCCACUGAAUGCAUUCCCCCAGAUCGCUGGUUCUGGAGUGAUAAGAUUGAAGGAGGGCAUUCAUCAGCCUGUUGCGAAUCCGAGUUUGGCCCUGAUAAUAGGUAUGUUAUAAGGAAAACAAUAGCUACUACGUCUAUAUGUUAGCAGUUGUGUUAUAUAGGUUAACCCGUAUGUUAUUAAAAUUUCUGCUACCUUGUCAAUUGGAACGCAAAAAAGCCCUCCGUCUAU